AUGGCCCACUCGACCCGCGUCCACUGGAUCGUAGCCCACAUCCACCCGGCUCGACGCCUCAUCACCGUCUACAACUCAGCGCUGGAGCUGAACCCCAAGCACUUCAAGCAACUCCUGCCUUCCAUCGCCCGACUGCUCGGCGCCCACCUCGGCGAAGCAUGGGACGUCCAGUUCGAGGUCCGCGAUGGGGCGUCCACCCAGCAGUCCGACCUCUCCGUCAGCGGUUUCAUCGCCGCCGAGAACAUCAGGACGUUGCGCCGUGGUCGGGAGCCGGCGGUCGAAGACCUUACGCGUGAACGUCGACUGCGUUCCACUGGGCUGAAUUACCUCUUCGGUCGCUUUUUGGAAGGACGAGAGCCCGUCUGCUUUCGCGAAGGGCGCCUCUGGUGGGAUUACACGGGCGAGGAGACGAAGACGCUCGGACAGGGUGUUGGGACCGGUGACGUCUCGGGCGAGUCUCCGUCUCCUCUCUCCGGCAAUCGGUUGAAUUGCACCAACCUGGACACGAGCAGCGGCAGUCCACCUGAUUACCCGAGCAAGCGCAGAGUACCCUAG